AUGGCGACCGUCGUCGUCAAAGAAGAGAGCUGUGGCGACGCGAGCUUCGGCGACGUGCUGAACGCGCUCUUGACGUCGCUGCCGUCGGACGCGUCCUCGGCCUUCUUCCGCUGCCUCGCGGGCUUGACGGCCGAAGAGUCCAACGACCUCGCCAAGUACGUCGUGCAGCUCAAGGAAGAGAAGAAGUUCCGCGUGAUCCAAGCCAUGGCCGACUCGACGAUCCCAGCGAAGAAGAAGUUUCUCGACAGCCUCCGCCUCAAGUUUGAGCGGCUCAAGGCGCAGGCGCCGACCGAUGGCCGGGCGCCGCUGGCACGGACCAACUCGCGCCAAUCGUCGCUGCUGCAAGUGACGUCGGAAGACAUUAGCUCGAUGCAGCACAUGCUGGAUAAUGCGCACAUUGGCGAAAGCGAGCUCCGCCUGCGCGACCUCGAAGAGUCGCUCCACAAGCCUGCCGGCGACGCGUCGUUUGGCCUCGAGCACAACAACUCACUGCUCAUGCUCACCUCCAAGCGUGAGCGCCCCAACAGCAACUGGGAGCUCCUGAAAGGCGAAGCCGCGCCGGCUCAAAAGACGUGCGUUGACGACGACGGCAGCGGCGACGGCGACGACGACGAUGACGACGACGACGACGACGACGACUACCAAGAAGACGGUAGCAGCACAACCGCAUCGACGUCGACGACGACGACGGACACGGGCAGUCUCCCGCCGGUCCCCGAGAUCAGUCCCGAGGAUGCACCGUCGACGAAGCGCUGGACCAAGGCCCAAGACAACGCGCUCAAGGAGAGCGUCCAGCUGCAUGGCGAGAAGAACUGGAAGGCGAUCGCCGAGCGCGUGCCAGGCCGCAACCACGCGCAGUGCCUCCAGCGCUGGCGCAAGGUGCUCAAGCCGGGUCUUGUCAAAGGGCACUGGUCGUUUGAAGAAGACAAGAUCCUCGAAGUCCUCGUCAAGCAGAGCUGCAACAACUGGGGCCAAAUUGCCGAUCAAAUCCCCGGUCGGACGCCCAAGCAGUGCCGGGAGCGGUGGCGCAACCAUCUCGACCCGUCCAUCAACAAGGGGCCGUACACGGCCGAGGAAGACAAGGUCAUUCUGAGCGCGCAAGCCCGGCUCGGCAACAAGUGGUCGCAGAUCUCGCAGCUGCUGCCCGGGCGCACCGAAGACUCGGUCAAGAUCCGCUGGAAGUCGCUCAAGCAAAACCCGGACCGAGCCAACCACCAUCGCCGCCUCACCGCCGGCCACGCCCUCAACAGGUGCGGGAUCGUUGCGUCGCGUGAUCAGCAGCACCACGGCAUGAUGCCGGACCAGAAGCUCGCGGCCAUGCAUCACGCGUCGCAGUACCAUCACGGCCCGACAUCGUCGAUGUUGGACGGCAUGGCGGGUCUCAGCAACGGCAACGGCAACGACUGGGGCAUGGGAGGCCAUGGCAUGCCGACGUACGGCAUGCCGCCGCCGCCGGCCCAGGGCGGCUACAUGGACCCGUACAGCUUGCCGCGGCCGCCGCCGCCGCAGCAAGGGUCGGAGGGCGCGAUGAAUAUGGGACUCCGCCACUCGUCUGGUUUUAAUCCGCAGCAAGGAAAUGCGAUGCAGUACCACCACCCGCGCGACUACACGUACACGCCGGACGAUCUCGUCAUUAAGACGCUCACGGACGAGCUCGACUUUGAUUUCGCCGAGUUUUAA